AUGAGCAACAAGCUAGACCCGGAAUCCUUGCACAACCCGUACUUCUACUACAAACCAGGCCAGAAAGAUAUCUGGUCGUUGAUCAACGAGACAGCCGCCCAGGCCCAACAGGAACUGGGAAAGCCCAUUGUCAACUUGGGCCAGGGGUUCUUCUCGUACAGCCCACCAGACUUUGCCAUUGAUGCCGUGACCGAGGCGUUGUCAAAGCCUCAGUUCAACCAGUACGCUCCCGCCAGAGGCAACCCCAACUUGAUUGGCGAGGUGGCCAAGCUCUACUCCAAGGCGUUUGGCCGUGUGGUGGACCCCAGCGAGAUCCAGAUCACCACCGGCGCCAACGAGGGAAUGUUCUCGGUGUUCUUCGGGUUCUUGACCCCAGGAGACGAGGCCAUUGUGUUCGAGCCGUUCUUUGACCAGUACAUCCCCAACAUCGAGAUGACGGGCGCCAAGGUCAAGUACGUGCAGUUGAAGUACCCCCAGAAGUUCAACAACGAGGUCGUUUCUGGAAACGACUGGACCAUCGACUGGGAAGGCUUGGAAAACGCCAUUACUGACAAAACAAAGUUGAUUGUGUUGAACACACCCCACAACCCCAUCGGGAAGGUGUUCACCCAAGACGAGUUGGUCAGAUUGGGCGAGAUUGUCAUCAAAAACAACCUCAUCUUGGUCAGUGAUGAGGUCUACGAUAACUUGUACUUCACACCCGACUUUCCCAGACCUGCCAAUUUGGCUAAAUUGCCGGAAUUGGCACAGAGGACGUUCACUGUGGGUUCUGCCGGUAAGUCGUUUGCUGCCACAGGCUGGAGAAUCGGAUACAUCCACGGUCCUGCCAAUUUGCUCAAGUAUGUCACUGCUGCCCAUACCAGAAUCUGUUUCAGCACUCCUGCCCCAUUACAGGAGGCUGUGGCUCGUGGUUUGGUGGAGGCCGACAAAAUCGACUACUUUGCCAAUACCAGAAAGGACUACAUUAAAAAGUACGAGAUCUUCACCAAGGUGUUUGACGAAUUGGGCUUGCCUUAUACCACAGCUCAAGGUGCGUACUUUUUAUUGGUGAACUUGGCCAAGCUCAAGAUUCCCCAAGACUACACUUACCCAGAGCCCAUUGCCAGCAAGACCUUGGACUUCAAGUUGGCCUACUGGUUGAUCAAGGAAAUCGGGGUUGUUGGUAUUCCUCCCACUGAAUUCUUGACGCCAGACCACAGAGAGGGCCACGGCUUGGAAAAGACGUUGAGAUUUGCCGUCUGUAAAGACGAUUCAGUCUUGGAAGAAGCCGUGCAGAGAUUGAGAAAGUUGAAGGACUACUUGUAA